GCGCGUGGUCCCGGCCCCCUCCACCCGCCGUCUCGGCCGCGGCCAGCAGCCCCUGCCCCCCGGGGGACGCUGACGGCCGCUGAGCGCGCCGCCCUAGCAUACGGACAGGGGGCGCUGCGCGCGGCCUGGGGCAACCCGGGCCACAGGGGCAGGAAAGUGAGGGCCCAGGUCGGCCCGGGCGUGCAGGGGCCCCGGGUUCGCAGCGGCGGCCGCGGCAGGGAUAGCGGCACCAGCAGCAGCAGCAGCAGGAGUGCCGGGUUUCGCCGGGAAGCCGAUGGCGGCGGCGGCGGCGGCUCCGAUCCCUCGUUGACUGUCCGUCCGCCCUCCUGCAUUGAGCGCCAUGUUACCGAGCCAAGCUGGGGCCGCGGCGGCUCUGGGCCGGGGCUCGGCCCUGGGGGGCAGCCUGAACCGGACCGCGACGGGGCGGCCGGGCGGAGGAGGCGGCGGCGGCGGGACUCGCGGGGCUAACGGGGGCCGGGUCCCCGGGAACGGCGCGGGGCUCGGGUCGGGCCGCCUGGAGCGGGAGGCUGCAGCGGCGGCGGCGACGACCCCGGCGCCCACCGCGGGGGCCCUCUACAGCGGCAGCGAGGGCGACUCGGAGUCGGGCGAGGAGGAGGAGCUGGGCGCGGAGCGGCGCGGCCUGAAGCGGAGCCUGAGCGAGAUGGAGAUGGUGGUCGGUGGGCCCGAAGCGUCGGCGGCCGCCGCCGGGGGCUACGGACCCGUGAGCGGCGCGGUGAGCGGGGCCAAGCCCGGCAAGAAGACCCGGGGCCGCGUGAAGAUCAAGAUGGAGUUCAUCGACAACAAGCUGCGGCGCUACACGACCUUCAGCAAGAGGAAGACGGGCAUCAUGAAGAAGGCUUAUGAGCUGUCCACGCUGACAGGGACACAGGUGCUGUUGCUGGUGGCCAGUGAGACAGGCCAUGUGUAUACCUUUGCCACCCGCAAACUGCAGCCCAUGAUCACCAGUGAGACCGGCAAGGCGCUGAUUCAGACCUGCCUCAACUCGCCAGACUCGCCACCCCGCUCAGAUCCCACCACGGACCAGAGAAUGAGUGCCACUGGCUUUGAAGAGACAGAUCUCACCUACCAGGUGUCGGAGUCUGACAGCAGUGGGGAGACCAAGGACACACUGAAGCCGGUGUUCACGGUCACCAACCUGCCGGGCACCACCUCCACCAUCCAAACAGCACCCAGCACCUCUACCACCAUGCAAGUCAGCAGCGGCCCCUCCUUCCCCAUCACCAACUACCUGGCACCAGUGUCUGCUAGCGUCAGCCCCAGUGCUGUCAGCAGUGCCAACGGGACUGUGCUGAAGAGCACGGGCAGCGGCCCUGUCUCCUCUGGGGGCCUUAUGCAGCUGCCCACUAGCUUCACCCUCAUGCCUGGUGGGGCAGUGGCCCAGCAGGUCCCAGUGCAGGCCAUUCAGGUGCACCAGGCCCCACAGCAAGCGUCUCCCUCUCGCGACAGCAGCACAGACCUCACGCAGACCUCCUCCAGCGGGACAGUGACGUUGCCCGCCACCAUCAUGACACCGUCUGUCCCCACAACCGUGGGCGGCCACAUGAUGUAUCCUAGCCCCCACGCAGUGAUGUACGCCCCCACCUCGGGCCUGGCUGACGGCAGCCUCACCGUGCUCAAUGCCUUCUCCCAGGCACCAUCCACCAUGCAGGUGUCCCACAGCCAGGUCCAAGAGCAAGGUGGUGUGCCCCAGGUGUUCCUGACAGCACCCUCUGGGACAGUGCAGAUCCCUGUCUCUGCAGUUCAGCUUCACCAGAUGGCUGUGAUAGGGCAGCAGGCCGGGAGCAGCAGCAACCUCACCGAGCUACAGGUGGUCAACCUGGACGCCACCCACAGCACCAAGAGUGAAUGAUCCGCCCUGCCGCCCUGGACAGCUGGCCGAGGGACGGCACCACUUAUUUAUUGUUGCCUUUUCACGUUUUCUUUACACACACGUUGACGGGCCGCGGGAGGGAGGCGGGGAGGAGGCGCGGGCAGCCACAGGACUACGCCCUCUCGCUCCAGCCAAAGAAAUGGGCCUGCCUGCCCUCCCCCCCGCCCCGUCCCCCCUCACCCACUCCUCCUCCGGCGCCGCCUCCCGUGUCUGGGGACAGGACGGUGGAGCUGUCCUCCCUCGGCGGUUUCUCCCUCGCCAGCUUGGCUCGGUGUUUGCCAUGAGUAUUAGCUUCCCCGACGGGACGGGGCCCCACUCCCUGCUCGCAGGCCUUCUGUGGGACUGGGCACCGUGUCUUCCCCGGAGGGCACAGUCGGGGCCCUCUCUCCAGCCUCUCUGCUGACCCCAGGUCAGCGCCGUGUCUGCCACAGGCUGGGUGAAACCCUGCUGCCGCCCCUCAGGGAGCCAGCUGGGGAGACGGGGUGGGGGGCAUCUUCCUUCCCGCGUGCGGCCCUCUGCCCCUUGGGAUCCUGAGUAGCUGGGCCCACGCACAGGGCAGGAUCCUGGGGCCACCUGCCCUACCUGGCCGCUGCCCGUGGAUCUCCAGGGCUCCUCCCCUCUCCUCCAGCUGCUUUACUUAAAGUUGAUUUUGAACUUUUUAUUUGAGGAGACGAAGUGAAAACAAAUCUAUAAAUAUAUAUUUUUAAAAUAUUUAACUUUUUUUUAUGGCGUUUUUCUCGUCCCCCCUCCUUGCCCAAACUCCCCUUCCCUGGGGAGCCCUGGGGCUCCCCAGAACUGGCUGGGCCCCUGGGGACAGAGCCACCCCAUGAGCUUGGGGUCUGCCAGUGUUGGGGGGGAGAUGCUGGGACUGCCCGGCCCUGGGUUGUUUCCAGGAGAAAGCCGGGGAGGGGCCUUCAGGCCAUGCCCCAACGGGGUGGGGAGGGUCACCCACAGCUCUGGGCCUCUUUUUGCCCUUGAGGGCUGUUGCUAGGGAGAGGGAAGAGGGAGACCAAAUGUGGGGGUGUGGGUGGGAGGGCGUCAGGCAGAGGCAACUGACUUCAUUUGUGCCACACGCAUGGGCAUUGCAGCCUUGUGCUCCCCCAGGCCUGCAGCUGCCUGGGGCCCAAGUUGCAGUGAGCAGGGUGGGGUCUGGGAGGGGGUGAGAGGCAGGAAUGGGGGUCAGGAGAAGUGGGAGCAGCUCUGGGGCUGAGAGCAGCGAUAGGGGAGCCAGGAACCGGCAGCUCUCCCAGGGAGUGAGCAGCUACUGUAACUUUUUUAAAUUAAGACAAAAAAAAAAAGCCUUGAAGAAAAUGACUUUAUUUUUCUAAGUGUAACCUCAGUAUUUAUGUAAUUUGUACAGGGGCCAUGCCCCACCCCCCUCUGCCCCCUUUGGGGUGGACCUUAAGGGUGGGCCAGCAUAGGGGGAGGGUCCUUUACCCUGUGUCAGAGCCUACCUUCACCACCUGUAUCCGAAAGGAAGCUUUUUUCAGACAGGGCAGCAGCUGGGGUGCUGUUCUGGAGCCCCAGGACUGCCUUCAGUAGGAACAAGCCUGCUUCUGUGAUUGGGUGAAGGGCUGGGGGAAGAUUUUGCGCACAGCCUCGUUGUCAAGGGGAUGAUUUGCCAAUGUGUCGGAGAGCCCCCUAAACCCCUAAACCCCCAUUGCUGUCUUGCCCUAAUUUGGGGUGCCAAGAUGGAAGUCACCUCUCUGGGCUUUCUCCUGGAGAUAGCUGGGGCUAAUGGGUGGCUUUCUUGGCCGGGGCAUGGCAAAUCAGGGGCCAGAGAGCUGGGGGAGCUUGGGACUCAGGUCUGUAACUGCCCAGCCCCUUUGCUCUGCUCUUGUUUCACUCCACCGCCACUCACUCACUCCCCACUCCCCCGCCCCGGGGAGGAGAGGCCAUGAAUGAAUUCUUCCUCUCCUUCCCACAAAAGACAGACCCAGUGAGUGAACCAGGCAAAGUGCUUAUAAUGUGUGUCGUGUGAGCGUGGCCUUGGGAGAACAUGCGUGUGUCGGGAUGAGGUGGCAUUUAUACGUGCAACGACCCUUGGUGUGUCCCUUCCUCGGUGGCUCUGGGGUAUGUGUGUGUGCGUGCCUGAGUGGAUGUGUGUGUGUGUGUGUGUACGUGGGGUGUGUAUGUCAGUGGUUUCUACUUCCCCUGGGAUGCUGACCCAGGAAUAGUGGACGUGGUCACAGUCCUAUGUACAGAGCUUUCUUUUGUAUUAAAAAAAAUACUCUUUCAAUAAAUGUAUCAUUUUUGUGCACAGAC